AUGGACGCCCUCAAGGCAGAAAUAGCGACCAAGCGCAAAGCUCUAGAGCAAGAGCCUACAACUAAUGGCCCUCGGCCGACGAAGUACAUGCGUCGUGGCGAACUGGAGCGGUUGAGAGAAGAGAACGAGCGGAAGGAGAAGGAAGAGAAGGGGGAGAAAGAGAGACAGGAAAAUGGGCAAGCAGAGGGAAGGGUGACAGCUUCAUCCUCCCGUGCACACACCGAUUCUCCUGCUCCUGCUCCGGGUACAAAUGCCAGUGCCUCACCGGCACCGGAGUCUCGCCUGUCCUUCAAUAUCUCCAAUGAGGAGACCAUUCGUCGCCUCCGAGCGAAGGGCCAGCCUGUCCGUCUCUUCGGUGAAUCUGACAAGGACCGCCGUCUCCGAUUGCGUGCCCUGGAGCUCAUCGAGGAGAAGGAUCAUGAGCGCCAUGGCGGGCAGAACGACUUCAAGAAGGCCCUCGAGGACGUAGAGAAUGUGGAGAGGUUGAUGAGGGAUAGACGUGCUCAGGAAGAAGAAGGAAGGGACAAAGGCAAGAAGAGGGAGAGUAGGGAAGGUAGUGGGUCGGACGUUUUGGACCUUGAGCUCAUCAGGACGGACCCGGAUAAGCUGUAUCCAGUCAUAUAUUACGCCCUCAAGAGGACCCUGAAGGAAUGGGAAGAAUGGAUGGACGAACGCCCCGAGCACGUCAAACGUACGACGCAGGGCAAACUAGCUGCUGCUACGCAGCGGCAGUCCGCCGAGUACCUAAAGCCGCUAUUCAAGUUGCUUCGGUCAAGGUCUCUUCCUGCGGACAUGCUAAUUCGCGUGGCUGAAAUCGUGCAUCACAUGCAGAAGCGACAAUACCAGAAGGCAAACGAUUCAUACCUUCGCUUAUCAAUUGGGAAUGCACCGUGGCCCAUAGGUGUCACCAUGGUCGGUAUUCAUGAACGAUCCGCCCGCGAGAAAAUCUCAGCAGACCAAGUUGCCCAUGUUUUGAAUGAUGAAGUCAGCCGGAAGUACAUCCAAAGUUUGAAACGAUUGUUGACGUUCUCACAAACGAAGUAUCCCCCGGAAGAUGUUACACAACUUAUGGGGUAG